GGGCUCAUUCCGACGCUGGCCGUAGCAAAGUGCAGUCGAACUCCGUGGUGUUCGUAACUUAGUCCGUUGAAGUUUAGAAUUUCCCCUUUAGCAAAAGGGUUUACAACUUCGUCCGGGGAAUUUCGUCGCGUGUGGCGCAACUCCGGUACUCCACAGCCAGGCUUCGGAGAUCCAAAGCUGUUUCGACUUUGAACAACAAUUAGAGAAAUUUUAUGAAUAUUGAUUUUUUUACGAUUCAAGUUCCCCUCACAAAGGGAUGGAAGUGAUUCGAGAGGAAGAGUGUUGAAAUAAUUUGAAAGUGACAAAACUCUGACUCUGGACUGUGAAGUUGAAAUUGAGUGAAAUUUUCUAGGAUUUAGUGAGUGAAUUUUUGGUUUCAAGUCUGGAAUUCUUUGGAAGAAACCUCCCACACAAUUAGUGGAAUAUUGGAGUACGCCAAACAGCCACCAUGGAAGCGUCUGUGAAACUGUUAGUGUUUGCGGCGCUAACGCUAACACUGACCGCCAUCACGGGCACGGGCGGCCAGUUUCCGCCCGGGCCCCGCUACAGCCUGGACAACAUGCCCAAGACGAGCUUCAGCUGCCGGGACAAGAUCCUCGGCGGGUACUACGCCGACUCGGAGACCCAGUGCCAGAUGUUCCACGUGUGCGUCAAAGUGUCCGGAAUAGGCGUGCAAGACUUCAGAUUCCUUUGCCCCAAUGGUACGGCUUUCGACCAGGAAGCCCAAAUCUGUGCCGAUUGGGGCGAUGUCGACUGUGAAGCCGCCACGCUGUACUACGGCAGCGACAACUUUGACCUGUACCGGCUGGGGUCCGGCUUCGAGAGCAAGCGGGCGCCGUUCGCCGAGGAGGAGGAAGCGACCUUCCACCUGCAGCGGGCUGAGACUAGUGACGCUAGACGUAGCAAACAGUUCAUCGUGAACCAGAGCUCGAAGCCACAGCAGCCCCCUGCCCAUCCGAACCCGAACCAGAUUCCUCCGGUGCAACGGCCCCAGCAGCAACAGCAGCUUCAGCAGCACCACCAGCAACAACACCAUCAUCACCGGCAGUCUCCGGUCACGACUACGACGACCACGACAACAACCAGCACUACUGCGGCACCCUUCUACAGCACCACGGAAAACUACUUCAACAAGGCCAGUAACCUGCAGUACCAGAAGCAGAUCCAACAGAAGCACCAGCAGCACAAGCAACAACAGCUGGCGUACAACCAGCAACAGCAAAUUCAGCAGCAACAGUACCGUCAACUGACGGCCGCUGCUGCCACCGCAACACCUGCAGAUCGAUCACGUCAGGCCGAGGAACUCCGGUCAACGACACCGACCAGCUUCCCCAGCAACCAUCAACCCACGCAGCGCACCAGCGACAACAGUAACGACGAAAUCUUCCGAGGUUCCCACAGCUCCCACUUCUUUAACAACCGCAACAACGGCAAGGAAGAUUUCGACGACGACUUUGUGCGACGUCCGGCCGCUAGCACCACUUCUCCAACAACCACCGCUCGUCCGGCAACACCCAGCAACACCAACGCCACCCGCUCCACCCAGACCCGGGGUCGCAACCGCGGUCGCGGAAGCGUUCGUGCCCACAACCUGAACAUUGUUCGUAGCGAAGCCAAGCCAACGCCGGCCCGCCAGCAAACGCGUCUCCAGGCAACCACCCCGGAAGACUUCUUCGACGUGCCCAAGAUCCAGAACUUUAGCCGAGGCUCCGCCAACCAUCACAACAAUAACAACAACAACUUCCGACAACAGCCUACUACGGUGCUGCAACCGCAAACUGACAACAAAAUCAACUUUGGCCAGCAACAACAACAGCAACCGGCAUCAACUCCGGCGCCAUUUUCACGUGGUCAGCGCCCAACGCAGAAUGUGGCGACUAGCCGAAGCUCGAACGCUUUCUUCCAGCAACAGCAGACCAACACGACACCCGCCAGAUCUAUUGCCCAGCAGUACCAAACCACGACACCUGCCGCGCAGCGUUUUCAGCAGCAGCAGCAAGUCAACACGACGCCUCGGCCGCAGAACUUUCAACAACAGCAGCAAGUCAACACGACGCCUCGGCCGCAGAACUUCCAACAGUUCCAAACGACGACGAAUGUUCCGCUGAACCAGCAACGCUACCAACCACCCAGUACACCUGCGGCAGCCAAUCAACACUUUACCGACUUCAACAACCAGUUCUUUGCGCCGAAUCCGAGUACAACGCCGCCGCCGAACAUCAACUACCAAUUCUUCAGCCGGAAUCCAUCAACCCCUGUUCCAGCGCAGAUCAUAAACCGCAACCCGACAACUCAAGCUCCGGUGCAGAACUUCAACCGCAACCCGUCAACUCAAGCACCAGCGCAGAACUUCAACCGCGUAACGCAAGCUCCUCAGUUCUACAACACCGGAUUCGAGAACAAAGCCACCGAACGCAACGAACCCAUCACGACGCCACAGGAAUCCCAGCGAACCCGCGCCCAAUCCCGCUCCUUCAACAUUGACCCCGCACGGCUCAACCAGUUCAACUACAACGAGUACCAGGGAAGUCGUACCAGCACGACUACCAGCACCACUACAGUCGCUCCGACGCCAGCUGCCGCCGUCUUCGACUUCAAACCGUCCACGUACAAUCCGCUCAGCUAUCGCCAGCAGCAGCAGCCCCAGCAACCUCUCCGUCAACAUCCGCCAUCGUUCAACGUGAACCCGUUCGACCCUCGCUCAACUGCGGCCUCGGUCUCGAUCACCACGACCACCACCAGCACCCAGCGGCCGGUGUCCAACAACGAGCAGCGCUACCAAACGAUCUCGCGAAGCGCCAGCGACAACUACACCCCAUCGACGAUCAAGAAGUUCUCCACGCUGGUCCCCAAAGAUCAGUACAACCCGACGACCUUCAAACCGAACGCGCUCAGCAAGAAAGCUCUGCUCCAGUUUGUGAUCCAGAAGCCCGAAAAGCAGGACAAGAUCGUCCCCCCAGCGCCAGUCAAGAGCACGGUCUACGUACCAACGGUACCUCCAGUAAGCAUCACCACGACCACUACGACGACCCAAGCUCCGGUAGUGCGCAAGCAACCACAGCCCAACAACUUCUUCCAGCAACCGCCGACGCGACCAACCACGACUACGACCACCACCACUACCCAGCGUCCGCAGGACAUCGACGAAGACGACGGCCAGUACCACCCGGAACUGUACGAGAAGGACUUCUACCGGAACCGCGUCAAGGCCAAGUUCAACCAGGAACGCAAGCAGAACUCCCAAGACCCACUAACCUCCUCGCGGAACAACUUCUUCCAGCAGUCCACCCCGGUGUCCCAAUCCCUAUCCUCCAGCGACGAAGACGAGAUCUUCCGGACGGCCCACUCGCAGAACAUCGCCGCCAGCGGUAACGAUCUGAUCCUCGAGCGCGCACGGCAAGCCGCCGCCAAGAUCAACGAGUUCCUGUCGUCGUCCUCGGUGAAGCCAACGCCACCGGCACCCACGAAAAAGGCCCAUCACCACCAGUCCAAGGACGCCAACCAGCGGGUAAACCCCCGACCCUUCUCCAAGGCCCCGACGAUCCCGCCGAACGCCACCAGCACCAAGAGACCCGCCGACGACAAGGAGGAGUACGACUACGCGUACUACGACACCGGCAGCCCGGACGUGCCCGAGUACGACGUCAUCGAGGACUUUGGCCGGACGUCGGCGCACAAGAAGAACAAGAAAAACUAAGUCGGUAGUGCUUAGCAGGCGGGCAUAACCUCAAACGUUUGACAGUUGGCGCAAACUGUCAAAACGGGACGCCAUGUUGUGGGGCGGCUGCCAGUUGUGUAUAGAUUUUAAAUUAAUUUAAAUUAAUUCACCUAGCGGAGCGAGCGCGAUUUUCCUUAAGAAUCCGAACGUCGGAGGAGGAGGAGUGGGGCGUGAGAGAGAGAGAGCGAAGAUGCGCGAACCAAAACUACUGCCAUUAUUGUGAUUGUCACUGUAAACUAACGACGCGGUCAAAAAUGUUGUUGGUUUUUUGGAACUGUUUUGCGACAUCGAUAUAACAAAGCCAGUAUUCUUGAGUGUAACCCUAUUUUCAUUCCCAGGACGGUGUCACCCGUCGUGAAUCAUUUAUUUCGAUUGAUAAAAAAAGUGUUAGAUUAAAUUAUUUUGUUUAGAGAAAUCAUCAUUCCUUUAGUGUAGACUAAAAAAACACACUCUUUCAAGACGAGAUGUUGAGGUUAAAACGAUGUAAGGAAAGUGAAAUCUUCUUUUGUUUCUGUCUGUCUAAAUCAGUUGUAAAUAUGUUUUAUUGAAAGCGAAAUGUAUGACAUAAGAGGAAAUAAUAAAGAAAACAAACGUUUAUCAAAG